UCCCCUACCGGAUGAGAAGCACCUGCGACAAUAAAGGCGCCGGAGGAGCGCGCCAACUCCUCAGCUGAGCGUCAGGGCUGUCUCCAAGAACAAGGGCUUCUUUGGGCCUUCAUUCUGUUUUUAUCUUAACUGUUGGACACAGAGCAGACACCCUGGGUCCUCUCCGUGAAAGCACAGCAGAGCCGAUGGACCAGGUGACCAAUGGAAGUGAUGAUGUUGCAGAUGAAACAGAAUCCCUGGACAUCAAAUUGAGCUCUGAAGAGGAGAUCCUUGACCCUCAGGGUCUGUUUAUUGCAGCACCACAGACUCCUCUGUGGAACUACAAACAGAGGCUGGAUGAAUUUAAGAAGCUGUUCAGAGAGUUGCCUGAAACAGAGAUACUUAUAGUUGACUAUCCCUGCGCUCUCCAGAGGGACAUCCUCCUGCAGGGACGCCUCUACCUCUCAGAGAACUGGAUCUGUUUCCACAGCAAUGUGUUUCGAGGCACAAAGAUAAUGCUGACUCUCAAAGACGUCAUAACCAUGAGCCGAGAGAAAACGGCUCGACUGAUCCCCAAUGCUAUACAGAUCUGCACAAGCACUGAAAAGUUCUUCUUCACUUCCUUCUCUGCGAGAGAAAAAAGUUACAUGGAUGUCUUCCGGAUGUGGCAAAACACGCUGAUGGACAAUCCUCUUACCAGUGCAGAGCUGUGGCAGAUGGUUAAACAGCACUACGGCCAGGAUCUUGGUCUGAGCCUCGAAGAGAUGGAAAGUUUACAGCUGUCAGCAGAAACAAGCAUGCAGACCAGCCUCAACCUUCCACAGAAACCUGCCACUAAUGAAGUCGUUGGGAAAUUGGAGCGCCCCCACUCCCUUCGCCUUUCUGGAGUGGAACUUGCGCCUUUGCAGAGUUCCACACCUCAAGGAGAGGAAAUGCCCUCCCAGUUAAGCUCACCAGGCUCUAACAAGGAAGAGUCCCGAAGUACGCCUACUCAGCAGCGCAGUCCGGCUUUAUCCCUGAAGCGUCACGUUCCAGAACGUCUCUCCAAAUGCUCCUCAAACUCUCUGGAUCUUAACGCCAACAAGAAUUCCGCAUUAGACCAAAGUGGAUCUGAGAGCGUUGAAGAAGAGGAGCGGAUGAGCUUUUCCCAGGUUCCAGGUCGACUUUAUCUCAACAAGGUUUUUCACAUCAGUGCAGACAAAAUGUUUGAGCUGCUUUUCACAGACUCCGCCUUCACUCGCAGGUUUAAAGACAUUCGUAAGAUAUCAAAUGCCAGUUCUACCCCCUGGCAGAAAGAGCCGUCUGGAAAUUUAAGGCGGUCUCUGAACUACACCAUAACAAUCACUAAUCCUCUGGUUGGAAAGUCAUCCACUGCAACAGAAAACCAGACGCUUUACAAAGAGUCCAGGGAAGGUCAGUAUUACCUGGUGGACUCGGAUGUCUACACCCAUGAUGUUCCUUAUCACGAUUACUUUUACACAUCAAACCGGUACUAUAUAAUAAGUCACUCAAAGCGAAAGUGUCGACUGAGAGUCCACUCUGAUGUGAAGUACAGGAGGCAGCCUUGGGGCUUGGUCAAGUCUUUCAUCACCAAAAACUCCUGGAGUGGUAUUGAAGACUAUUUCAAGCAUUUGGAAGCAGAACUGCUAGAGGAGGAAGCGGAGCUAAACCAGCCAAAUGGAGAGGCUGGGAUGAUGGGUGGACUACGCAGGAGGAGGCGAACCUACAGCCGGACUCUGCCGGAGCACAUGAAGUCCAACAAGCCGUAUGGGCAGGACUCUGACAUGCAUCGAGAUGGCAAUAUAGGCUCCACAGACUCGUACAGAGUGAACACCACUAUGAUCGUUGCUGGCAUGAGUCUGAUUUUGCUGAUUUUGACAUUGCUGAAUCUGGGCCUGCUUUUGAAACUUUGGGCCAUGGAGGAUGUGGCUAACCGCAUGUACCUAACCACUAAACACCGACUUAGGGAGAGGAGUGAAGCCAGUUUUGCACCUGAAUAUGGUUCCAAACCGGGAUCAGGAUACAGGAACAAUGAAGAAAUGAGCCUACUGAAAACAGUACUGCAGGACUCCAUUAACCUUUUAGAACAGCUGCGUGCUUCUUUGAUAAUGCUUCAACGCAACUUUCCUUUGACCAACUUAACGGAAGCAUCGCAGUAAUACAGGAUUAGGACUGCGAGUGUCCAUGGAGACAACAGAAGCUCCAAAGCAUCAAAAUGUCUCCGGGGGAAACUUGUAUCCACAGGAUGCUGCCUUGUAUCCAGGGGUUACGGGUCAGGUGCCAAAGCAGGCACUGAUUGGACUUAUGGUGCUGUUUUCACCUCCUGAAUACUGUUUCUUUUUAAAGCUUUUUUAAAAUGUACCUCACUAAAAGUUUAAUAUAUGGUCAACAUAAAUUAUUUUAAAUAUAAUUCUUUUUAAUUUGGUGUUUCAAUUGAUAUUUAAAGUGAUCUUUUGGGGUAUUUUUAUUUUUACAAAUGGUUUGUGAGCAAGGCUGAUUUUUAUUUUUUUUAACCUGAGGAAUUGCAAUGUUUAUUAUGAAAAUCAGACACAAAUGUGAAAUUGUAUCUUUUUAAUUGCAGUCCUAAAAAUCCUCUUGGCAUUUUUUUCAGGCUCACAGAAAAAAUGCACGUUAUUUUUUAAUAUUAGUCUUUAUGAUUGUUAGAAACACUUCUUGUGUCAAAGAUGAAGGGCUAGUUUUUCCACCCUUGUGCUGUUUUACUGCAAACAUUUUUGGGUUUGAGACACUAGUUUUAUUUUUUGCAGCCAUUAGUUAUGGCUAAAUACUACAGAGUUUUUAAGUCUUGUGAACUUUGCAAAUUUGUAUUUUAUUUUUUAUGAAACAAUAGUUAACAUAUUGCACAUCUUUAUUUAGCAGACGUUUCUUCCCAUUCUAUAUACAUAAAAACCCUGUUAUCCUCUCAUUUGGUAUGUCUUAUCUUAAUAAACACAAUAUUUCUGACCAGA